UUCCAGGCCCGCCGCGUCCAGCCCGAAAUAUGGGGAAAAAAUUACAGAAAAAUCGGAGAACACUGUAAAGGGUGGAAACGGGGCGCAGAGGGGAUGCUGAGGCUCCCGCGACCAGUAAAAAUGGGAAGUACUGGAUUCUGGUUUCCUCCAAGAAGAGUCAGCGGAACUGGUUAAGACCAAAAUCUGAGGACUUUAGUGGGCAAACAUCAGUCCCCUUUUGCUUUCUUUUACGACCACAUGAAACUUGAGAAGCCAUCUAAAGCUAAAUCAUUUAGUGGAGUUGGGCAAUUCCCAAGUGUCCAACAAGAAGGCCUGGUUUAGGCUGCGAUGGCCACUGUCAUUCCUGGUGAUUUGUCAGAAGUAAGAGAUACCCAGAAAGUCCCUUCAGGGAAACGUAAGCGUGGUGAAACCAAACCAAGAAAAAACUUUCCUUGCCAACUGUGUGACAAGGCCUUUAACAGUGUUGAGAAAUUAAAGGUUCACUCAUACUCUCACACAGGAGAGAGGCCCUACAAGUGCACACAACAAGACUGCACCAAGGCCUUUGUUUCUAAGUACAAAUUACUAAGGCAUAUGGCUACUCAUUCUCCUGAGAAAACCCACAAGUGUAAUUAUUGUGAGAAAAUGUUUCACCGAAAAGAUCACCUAAAGAAUCACCUACAUACACACAAUCCCAACAAAGAGGCCUUUAAGUGUGAAGAAUGUGGAAAGAACUACAAUACCAAGCUUGGGUUCAAACGUCACCUGGCUUUGCAUGCUGCAACAAGUGGUGACCUCACCUGUAAGGUAUGUUUGCAGACUUUUGAAAGCACAGGAGUGCUGCUGGAGCACCUAAAAACUCAUGCAGGCAAGUCAUCGGGUGGAGUGAAGGAGAAAAAGCACCAGUGUGAACACUGUGACCGUCGGUUCUACACCCGAAAGGAUGUCCGCAGACACAUGGUAGUGCACACUGGAAGAAAGGACUUCCUCUGUCAGUACUGUGCACAGAGAUUCGGGCGGAAGGACCACCUCACGCGCCACAUGAAGAAAAGUCACAACCAAGAACUUUUGAAGGUCAAAACAGAGCCAAUGGACCUUCUAGAUCCCUUUACCUGCAAUGUUUCUGUGCCUAUUAAGGAUGAGCUGCUUCCAGUGAUGUCUUUACCUUCCAGUGAACUGACAUCAAAGCCAUUUACAAACACUUUGCAAUUAAAUCUCUACAACACUCAGAUUCAGUCCAUGCAGAGUUCUGCAUCUGCACACCAAAUGGUUGCCACAUCCUUACCAUUGGGAAUGCCUUGUCCAAUAGAUAUGGAGUCUGUCCACCCUUCUCACCAGCUAUCGUUGAAAUAUCCGCUCGGUACUACCUCAUACUCAAUUUCUAUGCCUGAAAAAGAACAGCCAUUGAAAGGGGAAAUCGAAAGUUACUUAAUGGAGUUGCAAAGUGGUAUGCCUUCUUCAUCCCAGGAUUCUCAAGCAUCCUCAUCAAAACUAGGGCUGGAUCCACAAGUAGGGCCACUAGAUGAUGGGUCGGGGGAAGUUUCUCUUUCCAAGGGCUCCGUUCCUAUUAGCGAACCUCUAAACGCCCCAUCAUUGGACUUUUCUCAGCUGUUCAACUUCAUACCUGUAAAUGGCCCUCCCUACAAUCCUUCUGUUUCGGUGGGAAACCUCGGGAUGAGUUACACGCAGGAGGAGGCACAUUCUUCUAUGACUCAACUUCCACCACAAACCCAGGAUCCACAAGAUCCUAGCAAUAGUAUAGGUCUUGGGUCUCUGCACUCGUUGUCAGCAGCUUUCACAAGCAGUCUAAGCACAACCACCACCCUACCACGAUUUCAUCAAGCUUUCCAAUAGGAUGUACAAAGCUGGCUUGUUAACUGUCUAUUUGUAGAAAUGCCUUAGGUGACCAUUUUUAACUUAGUGCCUACUAUAAGACAUUAUAAAUUCUCUGCUUUUGUACAGUACCAAUCUCAUGAAGCCAGUAAGAAAUUUAAAUUAACUUUUUUUAAAUGUUUUGAAAGUGUUUAUUCUCAGCUGUGUUUACUUUGGUUUGUUGGGUUUUUUUUAACAGUCUCAUUGUAUUGUUUUCAUUUUCACUGCCAAUUUACACAUUUAAAAUGUUCAGUAGAAAGUCAUCCCAGGCAAACUCGCAACACUCAUCCCAUUUUUAAAACUUUUUCAACCACACCAGCUAUACUGUUUUAUUGAGGUCAGUGGUAGAACUGCCACUUUUACCUUUUAAUAUAUUUUACUAUUUGCAAAUAAUCCAUUUA